UGAUUUUUUAUUCGCGUGGGUAAAUUGAAAUAUCUCGGACACGGAGUAAGGACAUGUAGACGUCAGCCUUUCCGCACGACAAUCGCUGAUGGUUGUACGAUAUGCCUUCGCUUGUUGACGCGUUUUCCCGAUCCCGUGCGCCGAGCGGCCCGUCUGAUCCCAAUCCUCGCCUCCCGCGAAAAUUUUCAUCUUGGGGCCGAUUCUUCCCGCUUGCUCAAUUCCCCGUGCUAAAUCGCUACCUCCCCUGUCAAUUUCUCGUUCUAUGCUCCCAAAUCACGAAACCUCCGCCAUCUCAGUUCCAAAGUCACGAAACCCCUCCGCCGCCACCGAUUCCACAUCUUGCUCUGCCUUCAUGGCUGGCCAUGGGAAGAAGAAAGCGUCGUCCGCGUCCCAGGCUGUGCGCGGGCGUCCUUCUCCAGCCCCAUCUUCUGGCUUCCCUCCCCGGCCACCGCCAGAGUAUUCCCAAGCUGCCGUUGGCGCGGCUGCGGCCGCCGUCGCGGCCAGGAACUCUUGGCUUCCUGAUCUUGCUGCAGCCGAUUGCCCCAAUUAUUCUAUUCCAGUUGAUUGGGGAAAUGAUGUCCUCCCACCUGGUGGUUUCGUAAACUUUUUGCAAAACCCAUCAAGUUCCCCCCUUCCACAUCAAAUUCCUCCUCAGCCGGCGGUGUCACAGGAUGCUCCUUUCAUGCCACCACCGCCAUCUGCAUCUGGAAAGAGUGCAAGUGGAGCAUCAAACAAAUGAACCAAGCCUAUCAAUGUUGAAUCAGGAGAUGAUACUGAAGAAGCUAAGAGUAUGAAGAGAUUGUCAUGGACAUCAAAGGAGUAUGAAAGAUUGGUAAGUUAAUUCUAUUUACAACUCCAUAUGCAUGUCAUGGACAUCAAAGGAGGGGCCAAUUCACCCGUGGCGAUCAUGGAGUGCCAACUAUGAUACUCGAGGCCGUUGCUUCGCAUGAUCUUCGGAUAUGGCAUGCUUAUUUUGGUGUUGCCGGGUCUAACAAUGACAUCAAUGUUCUAAAUCAGUCUAUGUUGUUCAUUGAUACUGUCGGAGCACGAUCUCCGGCACCGGGGAUGCUGAGCACCCCAUUUUGGUUCGGUGGAGGGCGAGGUGAUCGCUCCGGCGAUCGCCGGCGUGGCGAUAGGCAUGAAGAUUAAACGCGAGAGUUUUAUCCAGGUUCGGGCCACCCGGAGUUCGUCAAGGAAGAGGGGGCAGACCAGCGUGUCGUCGGCUCCUGGCGACGGCGAGCAAGACGCCUUUGACGCGGCGGUUGUGGCGGUGGCAACGCCUGCGGGGGACCCAAGGGUCCCUGACUCGAGCUCGCAAGGCACCGACCCGGCGGCAGCUGCCGGAGGGGUGCCAACUGCGCCCGCGCCUACCGAGGGGCGGGUCAUCGUCCUUACGGGCGAGGUCGAUGAAGAUGCUUCGGCGGAGACUGCUCCCGUCGAAGCCCUUCAGCAACCGACCACGGCGUCCAACGAGGCCGUGGCCGCUGCCGCAGGUGACGCCUCGCAGGGGGCGCCAUCUGAGGCAGGCGGUGCAGAGCAGCCCCUGCCAGCCGGGGCGGGUGGCGACACUCUGGAGAAGCCCUCGAGCCCCCGGCCCGCCCCUUCGAAUGAGCAGGAAGCAGCGGGGCUCGGCCAUGUCGGGGACGCGCCUCUAAAUCCCGACGCGCCCUCGGGAUCGCAAACGGUCGCGGCGGGGUCUUCCUCCUCCGUCGGACCAACCUUCAGCCUGGGGGUAGGGGAGCUUGCCGGGCGAACCUGGGGUCGGAUCACCUUCGACCCCAGCGUGUUCCAACAGGAGCACCAGGUGAUCGACAACAUCCAACUGUAAAAGCGGAUGUUUGUCGAUUUCCUGAAUGACGCGUAGCAGCACCAUGCCCGCGUAGUGGCGGAGCUGGGCGCGUCGCGACGGGAGGCGGAGGAGCAGCGCACCGAGCUGUGGCGGCUCCGGGAGGAGCUCUAGCAGGCGCGGCAAGCCAGGGUAGCGCCUGCCGUGCAAGGUGUGCCGGAGGCGCAGAUCCUCCAGCAACUGUGGGACCUCCAACAAGAGCACCAGCGGGAGCUCGAGCCGGUGAAGGCCUCACACGCCAAGAGAGAGGAGGAGCACCAGGCGGCUCUGCACUCAUUCCAGGGGCGUCUCCGGGAGAAGACGGACCUGUUGUCCGGCUACUCCCUGGAGAUCCAGCGCCUCCGCCGCGAGGUCGGACAGCUGGAGGCGGCGGCUGCAGCAACAGCCAAGGCUUCAGCGCGCCGGGAGAAGGAGCUGCAGGAGCAGGCCCGCUCUCGGGAGCGCGAGCUUGACGCCAACUCGUCCCUUGAGGGCGAGCUCGACGCGGCGUGACAGGAGCUUCGACUGAUCGACGACGACAACACCAAGAAAGCGUCGGAGAUCGGUCGGCUGAAGUCCGAGUGCCGCGAGCACAAGCUGCAGGCCCAGAAGGCUCGUGGCGCGUGCAACGAGCUGCGGGCCCGCAGGGCGGGGGAGGUGGCCAAGCUGAAGAAGCUGAAGAAGCGCUGCGGGAAUUCGACAUCCCUGUGGCUACUUUUGGUGGGGCGGAUCUGGGGUGCUACACUUCAUUCUUCGCGGAUUUCGUCGGGCGGCUGGGCGGCCUCCAAACUUGCGUCACGGCCUUCGGCGACCGGCAAGUCGGCCUCGCGGCCGAGCAGGUUGCCGGGCAGAUCCUCUCCCGGGUCCACUCCGCCGACCCCGAAUUCCUGUUCGAGUCGGUCUUCGACGCCUGGUCGGACCAAGAAGAGGCCAAGGCUCACCGGGAGGCGGUGCAGAGCGUGGUGGAUGAGAUGGUGGCUCGGAUGCAGGGCAAGGUCAACGACGACGAAGCCGCUGCUGAGGAGGUUGCCGGAGAAGCCCUCGAUGCCAAGGACGUCCCUGACACCGACGGAACCGCCCCAGGAGCUCCUCCUGUGUAGUUCCUUUUUUCCUUUUCUUUUUCUUUGUGUUUCCCUGAAGCGGUGUGAGGUGCCUUAGGACUUUUUAUGUUAGCUUCCCUUGUCAUUGCUAGUGUUUUCUAUCAACUUGUUUCGACCAAGCUUCAAUAUCAAUAUAUCCAAUGUUAUUUUUA